AUGGCUACCAACAAUGCUUCUCAAAGCAUAAAUAUCAAUGCCAGCUUGUCUCAACCGCCUAUCUUUCCUGUUUUUUCUACUACUUAUUCAACGUUGCCUUUUCCUUUCUCUAUCUCUGCUCAUUUUACUCUUUCGCCUACUCAGCAACCAAUUGCUAUAAGUGCCGCCCCACCUUCACUCAAUUCAAAUAGACACCCCAUUGUUUCGUCAAAGCCCAAAGCCAAGAAAAAGGCUAGAUGGAAAAAUAAGAGAAAAACAGUACUAUUGAUCAAUCUUGAUAGACUUGACUCAAUAUACUCGUGUGGUAUUUCAGAGUGUAUUUACUGCUUAACUAGUGUCGGUGUUACAAUUAUGACAUCAAGUCAUAAAUCAGCUUUAGGACUUCCUACUAAAUUAGCUCCAUAUCGAUCUGACACAGUUUACCCGGCAAUGAUAGCUACUACGCUAUCCCAAUAUGAAUAUGUUCUUAUAUGUGAUAAAUCCAACAUCCGAGUAUCUGGAUCACCACAACUCGGAUAA